AAAGUUUAUCUUUAAAGUAAUAAUUAACCUCCUAAAAACUCAGCUAAAAAGAGCAAGAAACUAAUCGAAAAUUUAUCAAAAUUAUCAUUUAUAUAAGUAAAAUUUACUUUUAAAUAAGAAUUUUAAGGAAAUAAAUGUUAAAAAGGCGUUAUUUGCUAAAAUUUAGUGAAAUAGUCUGCCUGCUACGGAUCAAUGAUUUUCAAUUUAUUUAAAUUUUUUUUUUCGUAAUUAAUUUGUCUCUUUCUUUGCUGUCAUGAGUUUAUUAUUAAAUUAAAAAUUAAACUAAAUUAAUAAACUGACUUCCCUGAUUUAGCGUUAAUAAUUGUGAAAAAAUUAAUAAGAAUAAUUUUGAAAUAAAAAUGGGUAAAAAUUUAAUGGGUUAUUUCAUCUUUUUGAUCAUUUGUUGCGAUAUCCUAACUUUGGCCACUGGAUCUAUUUACAUUCUGGACAAUAGAGUCAGUGAUGUGCUGGAAUCCAUGAACGACUACCCAACUAGUGUGGGGCCCUCAUUCCCUAACUCUGGAAUUAGGGGUCAUCACAAAUUGGUGCACUCAGAUGACCCAUGUUCAACAGUCCCAACACCACCUCCAUUUACAAGUAGCCUGUGGUUUGCCCUCGUCGAGUUGAACUCUUCGUGCUUGCCAGAGCAAGUUAGGAAUUUGGAGAAUGCUGGCUACUCGGCUGUCAUUCUACUGAAUCGCAAGCUCGACGAUAAAGACUAUGCCCUCGCUGGCAAGUACAAGGACGAAAAUUACAUGAAGAAAACAAAUGUAUCAGUUGAUAUUCCAUCAACUAUGGUAUCCAAUGAAAGCUACUCCAUAUUAGUUCUAUACGCUAGCAUGAACAACGUAACAACAGUUAUAUACAAAGAUUACAGCGGUGUCAACGAACUCGUCCUCAUAUUAUUGGGGACCUUGUGCCUGUCGGUCCUUAGCGCUCUUAUACUCUCAUUGGGCAUGUACGGUUGCUACCGGCUGUACAAGGCCAGGGCGGCCAUCUUGGCAAGAUGGCGGCUGAGAUGGUUUCCCGUUCAUGUGUAUUCUAAAGGUGAUGAAUAUGAGUCGUGCGUCAUUUGCCUAGACGAGUACCUGGAUGGUGACAAGCUGAGGGUUCUAACCUGCGGACAUGCAUUCCAUUGCAAGUGCGUUGACCCCUGGUUGAUAAAGAGCAAGCAGGAGUGCCCUCUGUGCAAGAGACAGGCCGACCUCAGCAGGAGAGGACCGAGGUCAAGCAAGAAGGCGAAGGGUCAAGGUUCAAGGUCGAGGUCACGCGACGGCGAUUACGACGACGACGACCUCGAUUCACAUGUCCGUGAUGAUGGCGAUGAGAGAACCGCUCUGCUGAGAGGAAGAACUGAUGACGACGACGAUGAUGACGAUCUUCUGAUCGGUGACGAUGAGGAUGAUGAGGCCGCUGCUCCGACUGCUACUGCUGCUGCUGCUGGAGGAAGAGGUCUGACAUUUGAGAACGGCAUCAUCAACGCGCGUCUUCAUCAGCAGUUAUCACUUGAACAACAACAGCAACACAAAAAACAACAUGGCCGACCAAAGACUAAAAAACCCGACGACCGUGACGUCAUCACCAGAGGUGAUGACGUCAACGACAAUGACGAUAUUCUAAUUGAUCUGGCAUCAAAUGACCUAGCGCCUGCGUUGCAGCAAGAUUUAAAAAUUUCAAUUGAACCACCACCAUCGCCACCUAGGCAAAAUCCAAAAAUAACCACCGCCAUCAUCAACAACAAUAACAGCGUCAUCAGUGACGUCAUCAUGGGAGACAACAACGUCAUCAAGAACAGCAACAGCAAAGAAUCUUUGAAGGCAAAAUUCUACAUCGGCUCGGUCGACGAUAAUAGUUCUAUGCUUAGUGCUCUGACCAAUGGCAAUGCUUCGAGCUGCGGAAAACCCGAUCAUCUAAAAAUAGUCUCACCCAUUGACAAGGUCAAGGUCGUGGCAGGUCGCCACGAUGGGGACGAUGAUGAUGACGAUGGUGGUAAUAAAAUGAGGAGGAAGAAGAAGAAGAAAGAUUGUGUUAAUGACGUGGAUAAAAAUGAAAAUGAUGAUGAUUAUGAUGAUAGUAUUAAUAAAAAGCGCGACGACGAUGAUGAUGAAGAUGGUGGUGGUGGUGGUGGUGGCGGUGGUGGUGGUGGCGCUGGUGGUGAUGGUAAUAGUUACCCGAGUGUUGUGACAGUUUAA